CUCAGCCGGAAGUAGCUGCCGAGAGCCGACGGGUCGGGACUGGGUUGCGGAACCCUCGGCGCGGCAGUUGCUAAGUCGGAGAGAAAGGCGCGAUGGAGGCCGUGGCGACCGCGGCGGCGGCGGCGGGACCCGAUGCGGGCUGCACGGAGCCCAGACCUGGGCACUGGGGGGAGCUGAGCCCCCAAAACAAGACGGAAGCGGUGGAGGACGCGCUGGGAAGUGUGGAGAGUGACACCCCCGCAGCCGAGCACCCGGCAGUGAGUGCCAUGCUGCAUGCCGUGGCUGCCAGCCCCCUGCCUGUGUGUAGCCAGCAGCAGGGCGAGCCUGACCUGACCGAGCGGGAGAAGGUGGCCAUCUUGCGGCAGCUUUACCAAGAGAAACCACUUGUGUUCCUGGAACGCUUCCGCACCGGGCUCCGUGAGGAACACCUGACCUGCUUUAGCCACCUGCGUGGGGACCACCGUGCAGAUUUCUACUGUGCCGAGGUGGCGCGGCAGGGCAGUGCCCGGCCCCGCACCCUGCGUACCCGCCUGCGGAACCGGCGCUACGCUGCGUUGCGUGAGCUCAUCCAAGCGGGGGAGUACUUCAGCGAUGAGCAGAUGCGGCUCCGGGCCCCACUGCUGUACGAGCAGUACAUCGGGCAGUACCUCAGCCAGGAAGAACUCAGCGCCCGUGCCCCAAUCCAGCCCCCCAAGCCCGGCGCCCCCGGCACUCCUGCCUGCCCGCUCUCCGAUCUGCUGCUCCAGUCCUACCAGGAGCGGGAGCUGCAGCAGCGACUGCUCCAGCAGCAGGAAGAAGAGGAGGCCUGCUUGGAGGAGGAAGAAGAGGAGGACAGUGAUGAGGAAGACGAGAGGUCUGGCAAAGACUUGGAGACCUGGGUCCCUGACUCGGAGGAGAGGCUGAUCCUGCGGGAGGAGUUCACCAGCCGCAUGCACCAGCGCUUCCUGGAUGGCAAGGACGGCGACUUUGACUACAGCACCGUGGAUGACAACCCUGACCUGGACAACCUGGACAUUGUGGCCCGGGACGAGGAGGAGCGCUAUUUUGACGAGGAGGAACCUGAGGAUGCCCCGAGCCCCGAACCUGACGGCGACUGACAGCUACCACCCUCCCCUGCCUGGCAAGGCCACUGCUGCGGGCCCGGCCCAGUGACUACAGGGGAGUCGGCGCUCCCACCUGCUGGUGCCUCUGACCUGGCCCACCCCUUCUGUUUCUGGGUCCCCUUCUCUCCCUCCUCCCCUCUCCAGAGCUGUGUGUGUGUCUCCCCUUUUGUCCCUCUCUGUCUCGGGCCCAGCGUGCAAGUCCUCCCCAUGACAGCCAGCAUGGCUCUUUGGGGCAUGUCCGCGUCACUGCCAGUCUCACCUCCUGGGCCCAUGCUUCCUGCCUGUGGUUUCCGUUUUUCCCCAGCCACGGCAUCUCUCCCUUAUCUCCUCCCACCCCAAGCCCUCUGCUUCUCCCCCAGGCUUGGCUGUCAGGGCAUAGGCCUGGCACAAGCCCUUGUCUCCCUCAGGACCCAGGCUGGCAUGGAGUUGGGCAGGCCUGGGGGUCCUGGGUCCUGCCAGCUUGGGAGGGAGGGGGGAGUUCCCCUUCCCAGCCCCAGCAGCCCCCCUCUGCCCAGCCACAAUUUUCCCUUCCUUCACUUCCUCCGCCUCCUUCUCCCCCGUUUACACUCCCCCAAUCCGCACAGGCUGUUAUCAGGGCCCUGAGUCAUCCCACACAGCCAGCCCCAGCCUCCCUGCCCCCAGCCCGCCACAGGGCCCGCCCCGGGAGCCCCCUGCCGCCCUGGGCUAAUGGGAGCCAGAUGGCUGCCUGGUGACUCAGCCACCGGCCUGUGGGAACCCAGGCGACCUGCCUUCCCAUGCCCCGCACCCCUCUGCUCCCCCAGCACAGGGGGAACUGGUCGCUACUGUGGGAGUGGGUGGCAUAAGCCAGGGGUCAGCCAGGCUGGCCUGGGGAUCCCUGGCUCUUCUGAGAGAAUGGUGGUACCCUGGCCAUGCCAGACCCCCCAGGUCACCUCCUGGGCUCCUGCUCUGACCCCGGGCUCACAUGUAGGUCAGCCCAAAUUUGGGAGCAAAGGCAGUGAGAGGCAGGAAAGCGUAAUGGUCACGGCAGAGCCCGCCCUAGAUCAGGUGCCUGGCACCACACCACAAAACAUACCCCUGGACUGGGGACCCCAGCUCCUCCCUGAUGUUCAGGGAGGCCCCGUGUGGAGGGACUGUGGGCUCAAGAAGUGAAGUCUGGGGAUCCUAGGUCUGGAACCAUUUUGUCAUCCUAGGAGAGGAAGAUGGGAGAAGGGUCCAUAUUGGGCAUGGCAGCGCAGACCCCUCAUGUGCCAGCCCCUAGUGGUUAGGACCUGGCAGUGCUGAUCCAUCCCCAGACUCCAGGCUGGUGCUGGAGUCACAGCAGGGACUGAGUGAGAGGUGGGCGGCCAUCACCUGGGUGCUGGCGUUUGCCCCGCGAUGUGGGAGACCGGGCGUGGUCUGUCAUCUGAUCAUUAAAUCUCUUAAGAUAGA